AUGCUGGCCAAUGCUAAUUCUCUGUAUCGAUUGGCUGCUGAUCCAAAUUUUGAACGGCGGUUCGCGGCUAACCUCCAACUGCAACAGGAUUUCCGCUGGCGACCGUGUUUUGCUGUUCUGAAGGCAAAUCUUUUAUUCGUGUUCAAUAAACAAGAUGAUCCAGAACCGCCAUUUCUUCUUCUGGUAAUUGAGGACUGUUUCAUUGAACUAUGUGACGAAAAUAAGAUCGGCAAGGAUUUCACAUUCGAAGUGUGUAAACUAACAAAAUCGACAACCGGAAGAAGUUUUAUUUUUGCUGCCGAAAAUUUCAAAGCCUUGGAACGUUGGGUAUCAUUGUUAACGAUCACGCCAAUCGACUAUAUGUUGCUCUCGAAGCAGUCAUUUGCCGAACAAAUUGAACGCAUACAAGCGUCGGAGGAAACGUCUUCUGGAUCAAACAACAAAAGCUGA